AUAUUAUACUUAAUACUAACUCACAACCUAAAUCAAAUUAUAAUUUGCAAUGGUUCAAUGCUUAUCCUUCACAUUGACACGCAACGGUGAAGUAAUGCAUAUGGAUACGCACCUUAAUAUAAUUUUGACUGAACUAUUUAGGCAAGUGAAGACUUCGAUAGUAUAGUGAAAUCACUUAAAGUUUUAGUUCUACUUAUUUUUAUUCAAACUUUUAUUAUGUAAUGCGGGAUAAAAAUUGUAAGAACAAAAAUAUAUUAUGAUAAUAAGAAGAAAAAAACACUAAUUAUUAUACUACAUAUUUUUGUCAUGUUAUUUAUUUUGUGCUCAAUUAAAAUUUCCCGUAACACAUGUCUAUCGUCACUGAAAUUAUCCAUCACUAAAUAUUCCACGAAGAGUACAUCAAAUGUAAAAAAAUUAUCCUGCAUGCAAAAGCAGCAACAUGUACUAGAUACAAACAAUUCGCAAAAUCGGAGAAUUUUAUCAAAUUUUGUUAUAAUCCAUGAUCCUCAAAAAGCCACUCACCAUGUAGAUAUAGUAAGCAAUAAGAAAAAGAAAAAUCUAUGUGUAAACAAUGAACUGAAAUGGCAAGAUAUAAAAUUAGAUCCUAGUAAACUUCAAAAACAUUGCUUUAUGUUAUCUAAAAUACGAUUAACAUCUUUGGUAGUUGUUACAACAAUGGCUGGAUAUGCAUUAGCUCCUGGACCUUUUGAUAUUUUUACAUUUAUUGCAUGUUCCAUUGGUACUGGAUUAAUUUCUGCAACAGCAAAUGCUAUUAAUCAAUUUUUUGAAGUUCCCUUCGAUGCUCAAAUGUCAAGAACAAAAAAUAGAGUAUUAGUUAGAGGUUACUUAACGCCUGGACAUGCUAUAAUGUUUGCAGCAGUAUCUGGUUUUAGUGGAUUAUUAUUAUUAUAUAGCCAAGUUAAUGAAUUAACAACUGUUUUGGGAGCAGCUAAUCUGAUUCUGUACACUCUUAUUUAUACUCCUAUGAAACGUAUUAGUAUCCUCAAUACUUGGGUAGGCUCUGUAGUUGGAGCUAUACCACCAUUAAUGGGUUGGGCCUCUUGUAUUGGCAAUAUAAUGUCUCCAGAUGCUUGGAUAAUGUCUGGAUUAUUAUAUGCAUGGCAAUUUCCUCAUUUCAAUGCUUUAUCGUGGAAUUUAAGACCAGAUUAUUCACGUGCUGGUUAUAGAAUGAUGGCAGUUACAAAUCCAAAGCUUUGCCGCAAAACGGCAUUACGGUAUACUGCUGCAUUAAUGGGUCUUUGUUAUUUAGCACCUGUUUUUAAUGUAACUAAUUGGUGGUUUGCCUUAACAUCAACACCACUUAAUGCAUAUUUUCUUUACCUUGCCUGGAGGUUUCAUAAACACUCAGAUAGUGGAAGUUCACGAAAACUCUUUCAUUUCUCAUUAAUUCAUCUGCCUAUUCUUAUAAUUCUUAUGCUUGUAAAUAAGAAACACUGGUAUCAUCAUAAAAAACAGAAAGAUAUAAUUUCAGAUGAAAAAAGAAGUGAUAUUUAUACGAUUCUAACAAAAAUACAUCAACAUCUUCAACUGUUUAAUGAACCACCUUGAAAUUUGCUUCAUAAUAAUAUGAGAAUUGAUGUAACAUUAUUGUACA